AUGAGGACUUCAAUCUUGUCCAGUGCAUUUGGUAUGGCUGCUCUUGCGGCCUGCCAAAACUCGACAAUUGGCUCAUCGACCUUCGCUUCCUCUACGACUUCACUCCUUACACCGAGUUCGUCGAGCUCCUCCCUCAUCUUGCCGAUCUCAUCAACCAUCGCUUCUUCCGGAACGUUAACCUCUUCUUUGACGUCUGCAUACACCGUCGCUCUCGAUGGUUCGGCUCAGUUCACCGCUAUUAAUGCUGCUGUCAAUGCUGCUCAGAUUGGCAGUGUUCCCACAGUUGUUGUCAAAGCAGGCACAUACACAGAGUCCAUUGUUAUCAGAGGAAGCCAGACAGUGACGAUCAUUGGCCCAACUGCUAGCUCUGUUGCACAGAAUCAGGUCAACGUUGUUGCAAGUGGUCAGAAUGGUGUCGUGAGUUUUGCUACAUCUAAUACCCAAGGGAUCACCCUGAAGAACUUGAACUUGACCAACUCUGCCACAUCUGGUCUUGCUCCUGCUGUUUACAUCGAGGGCGCGGACAAACUUUUCUACAACUAUCCUACCGCGUACGUAUAUGGAUCGACCAUCGUUCCCACCAUUUCCAACGCUUUGAUCAUGUAUGGCAAGGGCAACGCGACUACCGGUAACGCCACUCUUGUAGUCGACUCUAGUUCUGUGGUUCAGAAAGCUGGAUUGACCAAUACCUAUGUCUACCUUGCGGCACCCAAUGGCAACUAUUCCCAAGCCAUCUACCGUAACAGCAACCUUGGAAGCUUGAUUGCGCCUAGCGGGUUCUACAGCGGCUCUUGCAAAUAUGACGUUCUCUAUGGAGAGUUCGCCAACUCUGGUCCAGGAGCUUAUUCGUCAACCAAUAACUCGACUCGAGAUGCAGUCUGCGAUAUUCAACUCUCUGUUGAUCAGGUCUCUACCUUCACCAUCGAUAAAGUCUUUGGAAACGCAUUCGUCGGAUUCAAUUCGUUCGAUACCACCUGGAUAGACUCUAAUGUCCUGAGCGCAAUUCAGAAAGCAGAUGCUGCCCAGGUCGCCACUGUCUCAAGAUCCUCUGUUUCGAGCUCUUCUACCUUGACCUCAUCAGUUUCCAGCUCUUCUGCUUCGAGCCCAUCUGUUUCGAACUCUGCCAGUAGCUCGUCGGUGAACUCAACUCUGUCGUCUGUAUCGUCACUCUCAAACAUUGUUUCAAGCAGCAGUACCGCGUCUGUCUCCAGUUCAAGCACAUGCGCUACACCCACUCCAUCAGCAACUCUGGUAGUAUCUCAAAAUGCUACAGCCUGCCAAUACAACAACAUCUCUGCCGCCAUCGCCGCUCUUCCCAAUGACAGCAAGCCUUACACAAUCUAUAUUGACCCGGGCGUCUACGACGAGCAAAUCGGCAUCACCAGAAACGGCAAGGUUACUCUCAUUGGUGCGACUAGUUUCAAAAACGACUACAGCCAGAACCAGGUCAAAGUUCAAUUCUCGAGUGGUCGCUCCACAAAUCUGGGCCAGAACGAGCAGACUCCAGUCAUCAAUUCAAAGAAGACCAACGACAACUCUGGGUUGGCCUUGUACAACAUUGAUUUCGUCAACAGCUACCCCCAAACUGCCAAUACUGCCGCUCUUGCAGCCGAUUUCUAUGGAAACAAUAUGGCCGCUUAUGGUUGUUCCUUCAUCGGAUUCCAAGAUACUCUUCUCGCCAACAAGGGCACUCAAGUCUUCUCGAAUUGCUACGUCGAAGGCUCGAUCGACUUUAUCUGGGGAUUUGGAACAGCAUACUUCUAUCGAUCUGUUAUCGCUUCGAACACUAAGGGUGCAUGUAUCGCCGCCCAAGGCCGUGUUGUGACCACUCCAGCCGCUUACAUCUUUGACGAAUGCUUGGUCACAUACACCUCAACUUAUGGAAGCACAUUUGCCGCCAGUUACCUCGGUCGUCCUUACAGCAAUUAUUCAACAGUUGUCUACAAGAACAGCUAUCUUGACAAGCAUAUCAAUGCUGCUGGUUGGCAGGUCUGGCAGACUUCAAACCCUCAAACUUCUAAUGUCGUCUUUGGAGAGUACAAUAACACUGGCCCUGGAGCAUGGGUGUCCGGAACUGCUCGUGUUUCCUUUGCCACCAACAUGACCGACGAUCAGGUUGCAGGCUACAGCCUCUCAACUUGGGUUGGCGACACCAGCUUCAUUGAUCAGGCUGCAUGGGAUCUUGAGCCGUCCUGGAGCUUCCCUGCAUCAAUAACUACUGGUAGUGCUAGCAGUACUUCUUCCGGUGUUUCUGGACCCACCAGUACGUCGUCGAUCAAUGCGCACCCUGACAGCGGCAGUAUCCCUCCCCAAUAUGCCGUCGUCGUCUCGGCUGAUGGCCAACACAAUGCCUCUUUCACGAACUUGACUGCUGCUCUUGCAUCUCUGCCCAAUGACAGUACCAACCAGACUAUCUUCAUCUAUGCAGGUUCUUACAACGAGCAAAUUCCAUCAAUCAACCGUCCUGGUGCCAUUCGCGUCAUUGGGUAUACUCCUGGCAGUCCUGGACAGAGUUAUAAGGACAACUCUGUGACCGUCACUUUUGCACGAGGUUUGUCAGUUUCUCCUUUGCCUAGUGGUCACAGCGAUGCUGAGACUGCGACCAUUGCCACUGCAUCGAACAGAAUCUCGUUCUACAAUGUUAACUUCAUCAACUCUGAUAAUCUCGAUGGAUUGGAAGCAAAUUAUGUGACGCUCGCUGCUUCUAUCUACGGCAACGACAUUGGCUUCUAUGGAUGUUCUUUCCAAGGCUGGCAAGAUACUCUCCUUACUGGUGCAACUACUGGUUACCAAUACUACGAGUCAUGCUAUAUCUCUGGAGCUAUUGACUUCAUCUGGGGUUACUCAAAGAGUUUCUUCAAGGGCUGUACUAUCGGUGCCAAGAGACAAAAGUCUGCUAUGACUGCUCAGAGCCGUGCUUCUUCUUCGGCCAUUGGUGGCUAUAUCUUUGACCAGUGCCUGUUCACAGCUGCUACUGAUGCAACAGUUGAUCUCACCAACUCAGUGUACUUGGGUCGUCCUUACUCUGCUUAUGCACUUGUCGUGGUGAAGAACUCUUAUCUAGACGAUAUCAUCAACCCAUCCGGAUGGAAGGUCUGGUCAACUACUGAUCCUCGCACUGAUUACAUCACCUUCGCUGAGUACAAUAAUGUCGGUCCGGGAUCAUGGCCUGCAGUGAUCAACACUACAUCGCCUACAAAUGUUACGGUCUCUGGCUCGAGCUCUUACAAUGGAACCGUGCCUCCUAGUGGUGCUCUUAUCGUCUCUAAGAAUGCAAUCGAUGGUGUUGCUACUUAUGACACCAUUCAGGCUGCUCUCAAUGCUGCACCAACAUCAAGCAAGACCAAUGCUACCAUCUUCAUUUACCCUGGAGUCUAUGAAGAAAAGUUGAUUGUCAACAAGAGCGGUACUACCAUCUUCAUGGGCUACUCUGACUCGACCGAUGACUACAGCAAGAACCAGGUUACCAUUCAGCAGUCUUAUGGCGUGGAUACACAAGGCACUGGAAGCGAUGUGGAUGCUGCCACUGUGUAUGCAACUGGCAACUACUUCUAUGCCUACAAUGUCAAUUUCAGGAACAACAACGGCACUCAGCAGAACAUUGCCUCCCUGGGCUUCGCAGUCAAGAGUAGCAAGUAUGCCUUCAUGCACGGUUGCCAGAUCUAUGGCAACCAGGAUACUCUGUACAUCUCAGGCAACAUGUUCACCUUCAAGAGUUACAUCGAAGGAAAUGUUGACUUCAUCUUUGGUGCUGGAUCAGGCUACUUCCUUAACUCAACGAUCUCACCUAACGAGGACGGUGAUUCCAUUACUGCUGCCAAACGUGCGACCAACACUACAUCUGCUGGGUUCGUCUUCGACCAGUGUUCUAUCGUCCCUGCUGCAGGCUCUUCCGGAUUCAAGAAUGUUUCGCUAGGACGUCCUUGGAACAACUUCGCUCGUGUGCUUUAUGCUGGCUGUUACCUCGAUGGAUCAGUUGGCCCAGCAGGUUGGACGCAAUGGAGCAAGUCUGCUCCUCAGACUGAUGGUGUGACAUUUGCCGAAUACCAUAACUUCGGCCCAGGAAGCAAUACUUGCAGCCGUGCAAGCUUCUCGCAGCAGCUGUCCGAUGCUGAAGCUGCUCAGUUCCAGUUGGCCAACUUCUUUCCUACCACCUCAUGGAUUGAUUUCUCUGUUGUCGAUGUUCAGCCUUUCACUGCUGGCUUUGGCUCCGCUCCUGCUGGAUGUGUCAGUUCUUCAUCUUCCUCCAUGCUCUCAACAAUGUCAAGCAAUAGCUCCACAAUACUGCCUUUGGCCACAACCCAGAUUACCACUACCAUUACUCAGAAAGCGACAACGUACACUACUCUUGUGCAAGGCGAUAUCACUUCGACUAUCGUUUCUUAUGUCACGGAAAAUGAUGGCAUCACUGUGACGCCUGCACCGAUUCUGAAGACUUCCAUUGUCAAAUCAACCGAAUUUGUCACCUCUACGACCACAAAGGCAGGCAAAACGACGACAGUGAAGUCUACCUCGAUCGUUCUAGCUACUGCUACUGCAUCUGCUAAGGAUGUGACGAUUAAGCAGACUUCAACCGUCUCAAGCGAAACGACCAUUGCUGGAAAGGACACCACCAUCAAGAGUACUGAGAUCGACUAUUUCACGACCACUGUCGCUGGAAAGGCCUCGACCGUUAAAGCGACAAGUACUGUUCUCGUCUUCUCGACGUCGUCUCCAAAGCCAGUCACGAUCACUGAGAGUAUUGGUUCUGUGGUGACAGUUUACGAAACUUCGACAAUGAAGGGCUCAACUGUUAGCAGCAUUACGACGAUUCAAGGACCAGAUGUUACAUCUUCAACCACUCUCAAGCCAUCAACUGUGACUGUCUCGAGCUUCUCCGUCAAGACCACCACGAAGGGAACUACCAUCACCGCUUCGUGUGUACCUACUGCAGAUGCUGCCAGACUGUUCAAGAGAGGACUUGAGGCUCGUGCUGCUGGAACCACAACGAUUUUCAUCAGCACCACAUUGACCUCCUAUGUCAAGACCUCAGUGAUCACCAGUGCAGGCUCGACGAUCUAUACUAGUGUGACCAGCACUAGCACUAUUGAGCCAACCAGCACACUCAAAGCAGCCACUUCGACUGUCCUGAGCACGUCAUUCGCAACAUCGACUGAUCUUGUGACCGAAAGCGCCGUCGCUGCCACCGCAACCUCGAUCAUUGUGUCAACUUCAACGAUCACAGAAACCAUCGCAGGAUCUACAGUGACCAGUCUUGCAUACAGCACUGAACACGAUACAGUAUCCCUGCCUGGAAGCACUUACUACAGCGUUGCAACCAUUAGCUCGACCGAGAAGAUCUCUGCAUCAGCAGCCACCGUGACAAGCUUCAAGCUGGUUUCUAGCACGACCGUGGUCACGGCUGAUCAAUCUACAAUCACAAUCACCAAUUCUGCGGAUUCGACGACGACGAUCGAGACGACGCUUCCUGCAUCUACUACAACAGUUUUCAAGACUACCUCGCUCAAGGGCAGCACGAUUAAGGUUACUGUGACACCAGCUCCCACAACAAAGACGACGACUGUCAAGAGCACAUCCACAAUCUCUACGACUGUCACAAAGACUGCAAAGAAUGCACCUGCUUGUACAGAGUAG